GCGAUUUCAAUGCAUGAAACACACGCAUGUACUCGCUCGUACCACAUUUCGCUAAUAAUAACUUUGAUGUCUCAUAGUUACCACUCCCAAUGGCACUGUCAUCCCCAACAUAGUCUACCCUCUCAAGCGCGUUUUCUAUGGCAUGGCCUACGUGCCCUUGAACGCCCAGCUCCCAAUCUGCUACAACACCCAACAGACAGUCGACGAUGAACUCCAGCUCUUGGUCCAGACCACCAAACGCGUACGUCUCUACGGCACAGACUGUAACGUGCUGCGCUACACAAUCGAUGCAAUCCAACGUCUCAAACUCGAUCUCCAAGUCGUCGUCGGCAUCUGGAUCGAUAAGGAUAGCACGACUUUUACGCGACAGUCGACCGAGUUCUUUUCAGUAAUGCAGGCUUAUGGCUGGUCCAAUGUCAUUGGUGUCUCUGUUGGAAACGAAGUCAUCUUUGAUGACUAUCAGCCCAUGGAUGUCCUGCUGGCUCAUAUGGCCGAUAUUAGGACCAAAGUGCAUGCGGUUCAACCUAAUAUCCCAGUCUUCACCUCGGAUCUUGAAAGCGCCAACAAGCCCCCCUUGACCAACCACGAGGACAAGGCCGGCGUCAAUUUGCAUCCCUUCUUCUCAGGCGUGCCGGUGGAUACCGCUGCUUCAUGGUUCUGGACGUACUUGAACAGCACCGUCGCACCAGCAGUCAACCAGGGCAACACGAGCCCGAUCGACAUUUGGAUCACUGAAGUUGGCUGGCCCACUUUUCCUGCGAAUGACAACACCAAUGCGUCGAUCCCCUCGAUCCCUAAUCUGCAAACUUUUAUCGAUACAUGGCUCUGCGAUGCAAACACUAAGCAGAUCCCAUACUACUACUUUGAGUUCUUUGAUGCGCCCUGGAAGGUCUGGCCUGGUUCGGCAGUCGAGGGAUUCUGGGGACUCUUGACCAUCGACAAGAAGCUGAAGGUCAAGCUGCCUGACUGCUUGGCCAGCUAGACGAAGGAAUCUCUACUAGGACACUGCUUUCUUUCAUUAUGCAUCUUACACCCAUAUCGUACCCUAAUAAAUAUGCUUCUGCACUGUG